GGUUCACAAGAGCAAGCCUUUUUGACUACCGUUACCAAUCACGUUUACUCCCAGCUGUUUUUUAAUAUCUGAAAUUAGUACGCAAGCACGAUGUAUCGGGGAAUCUUUAGAAGGAACGCAAUGCAUUCCUUUAAGACAACACAGACAACACAGCUAGUUGAGAUCAUGUGCUUUUAAGAAAAUUUAAGUCGAUUCGUCAAUCUAGAUCAUUGCUUAUAUUGAUAUGAGUAAAGUUACUAAGAGACGUAAACAUAAUUUUCAUGAAUCUAGGCAUCCCUACAGAUUAAAACAGCAACAAGGACUUUGGCCGACCCCCUAACUUAUUCAGACAACUGAAUCAAUAAAGUGUUCUUAUAAUAGAUGUUCACUUCUAGCGAUCACUGUAUAAGAAAAAAAGAAUGCAAAACAUUGGCUGAUUCAAUCUCUAAGAGACAAAGAGCUCGAAUAAAAAACCAACUUUCAGAACUCCAACACGAAAUCCACAUCAUGGAAAAUUCUCAACAGAAGAGUAUUGAGGAUAUCGACGACGAAAAUACGCAAUGUGAAAUUUUGGAAAUUGAUCCUUCCGAAUCAUCUCAUUCUAAUGUGGAACCGAAAAUUCAUUGCGUUCUUGCAAAAAACUAUCCAGAUCAAUUAUCUAAUUGUAAUCUUGAUGAAAUUUCAAAAAGUUCAGUAAAUUCAAUACCAGAAAAUUUACCAAUUUUAGAAUCUAUCAAAUAUGAACAGAAAAAAGUAACUACAGCCUCCAGUGCAAAGCUCAUAACUGGAGGGUUUUCAACUAAAAGCGAUGGUUCUAAAGUAAAAGAGAAAGAAGAUUUAAAAUUAGAUGACGCAUGUUACUCUAAAAAAAGUAAUACUUUUGCACGUAGAACAAGUGAAGAACAAAAUAAAACUAUCGAAGAAUCAUGUUUGUAUGCAGAAAAGAAAUCUUUAGAAACACAGCAACAGAGACAAGCUUUAACGAAAAAAGGAAUAUUCAAGCACGCAACUCACUCAACUUCUUCCCAGUCUACUAUAACUGUGGCUUCAAAGGCCACCAUUGCACCAAGCAUGCAAAUUUCAAAUGAAUUGAAUGAUAAAAAUUAUUCCAUCCACCCAAAUAUUAAGCCAUCAAUAGACUGUAAAGGAGAUGCGCCACAAAAAACUUUGGACGAUAUCGAUAAAUUGACUUCCAAAUCGAAGUCGCAAGAGAUAGAAUUAGUUAAAAAAAAGUAUUCGGAUUUUAUCGAAAAUCUUGUGAAUCGCCUUAAAGACGAUAAAGAAAAUCGCAUUAAUUUGAAUGAUGCAACUAAGUCAUUUUUCGUGGAUCAAAUUAAUGAUAUAAUUCAGAAAUCUUGGGCUGUUCCAACUCAUGGGCAUGAAUUGGGUUUGAGCUUAUGCGAUUCAUUACGAACAAAUGGUGGGCUCAAUUUGCUUAUAGACAAUUGCAUUUCAAACGAUGACCGAUUGCAAUUUUCAUCGGCACGUCUUUUGGAACAAUGUUUGACAACAGAUAACAGAGAGCAUAUCGUUGACUCAGGUUUAGACAAAGUUGUAAAUGCUGCGUGUAUGUGCACCAAGAGAAUAAAUUCAGUUGAACAUGCUCGAGUUGGUACAGGAAUUCUCGAGCACCUUUUUAAACACAACGAAAAUACCUGUAGCGAUGUAAUUCGAUUGGGUGGUCUCGACGCCGUACUUUUUGAAUGUCGAAAAAAUGACGUGGAGACUUUGAGGCAUUGUGCUGGAGCUUUGGCAAAUUUGUCUUUGUAUGGAGGUGCCGACAAUCAAGAAGCCAUGAUUAAAAGAAAAGUCCCAAUGUGGUUAUUUCCUCUUGCUUUCCAUAAUGAUGAUAACAUAAAGUACUACGCUUGUUUAGCGAUUGCAGUUCUAGUGGCAAAUAAAGAAAUCGAAGCUGCUGUUCUCAAAUCAGGGACAUUAAACCUCGUUGAACCAUUUGUCACCUCACAUAUUCCUUACAAUUUUGCCAAAUCAAAUUUAGCUUACGCUCAUGGACAAAGCGAGAAUUGGCUCUUAAGACUAGUCCCUGUACUCAAUUCUAAACGCGAGGAAGCUAGGAAUCUUGCUGCUUUUCAUUUUUGUAUGGAAGCCGGUAUAAAAAAGCAACAAGGAAAAACAAGCAUAUUCCGAAAAAUUGGAGCUAUUGAGCCUUUGAAAAAAGUCGCUGGUUGUCCCAACGCUAUCGCUUCUAAAUUAGCUGCUCAUGCUCUGAAAUUAAUGGGCGAAGAAGUACCUCAUAAAUUGAGCCAACAAGUACCUUUAUGGUCAACUAAAGAUGUACUUGAAUGGAUCAAACAAAUUGGAUUUGAACAUUUCAUUACUAGCUUUGUAGAAAGUCAAGUUGAUGGAGAUUUGCUCCUAUCCAUAACCGACGAACAUUUAAAAGAAGACAUCGGUAUGUCAAAUGGGAUUUUAAGACAACGGUUUACGAGAGAACUACAUAAUUUGAAAAGAAUAACGGAUUAUAGCAGUAGAGAUACCGGAAAUUUAAAUUCAUUUCUGCAAUCUAUAGGACAAGAAUUUUCCAUAUAUACAUACACCAUGUUAAAUGCCGGCGUUGAUAAGGAUACAAUCAAAACCUUGACCGAAGAUCAACUUUUAACUGAAUGUCACAUUACAAAUAGUAUUCACCGAUUACGGAUCUUGGAAGCCAUUAAAAACUGUAACGCUAAUCAAUUUAUUACCAGCGCGAAUGAAGAAUCUGACAAAUCUCUCGAUGUAUUCGUCAGCUACAGAAGAUCAAAUGGAUCACAACUGGCAAGCUUAUUAAAAGUUCAUCUUCAGCUCAGAGGUUUUUCAGUUUUCAUCGAUGUAGAAAGACUUGAAGCAGGAAAAUUUGAUAAUAAUCUCUUGCAAAGCAUUAGACAAGCAAAACACUUCUUAUUAGUGUUAACACCGAAAGCUUUAGAAAGAUGCGUCAAUGACACAGAUUGCAAGGAUUGGGUGCAUAGAGAAGUUGUUGCUGCUCUGCAAUCCCAAUGUAAUAUAAUACCAAUCAUUGACAAUUUUCAAUGGCCAGAACCUGAAGAUCUUCCAGAUGAUAUGAGAGCAGUGUGUCAUUUUAAUGGAGUUCGUUGGAUUCAUGAUUAUCAAGACGCAUGUGUAGAUAAGUUAGAAAGAUUUAUGCGAGGAGAACUACCAGUUAAAUCCGAGUAAACUAAUAGGAAACAAUUAUGAAAAAAUUUAUAAUGAAGCAGUCAAGUAAAACAAAAAGUAUUCACGUCGAUUUCAAGCUCAAUAGACGAAAUUUGGACGAAAAAAUCAAUUAUAUUUUUGAAAUUAACUGUUGUAAAUUUAUAAUUAAUCGCUAGAAUUGGAUCCAGUCACCUCUGGAAUAAUAUUACUUGGAUCCAAUAUUGCUUCAUAACCCGUCAACGUGUUCACCAAGCUUACAGUCAUUUGUCAACUCAGUCACUAAUUUUAUAAUUUAAUCAAAGUCCGCCUACUUAUUAAAUAUUUUUUACCAUAUCGAAAAACCAAGCAAACAAUAUAAUAACGCUAUCAAUGUGUAUUUAAAAGCAUCCAUCAUCAUUGUAAAUUUAGAAGCUACGAGAAGUAUCGGGACUCACUACGCGCAAGUAAAUUUUGAUACCUACUGAAUUUUUAUUGGGAAAUAAUGUGGGCGCGAUCUGGGUGUUAUAUUAAUCACUACGGUAACUUGUCUGCGGGUCAAGAUCGGGUAAUCAUUUACAAAAAGUAUUUACAUUUGACUUGAUAAUUUGAACUGAAAUUCAAUUACAAAUUGAAAAGUAAUCAAAGUAAUCUUAUUAAAUUUUCAUAAACUUGUAAGGGUAAUGUCAGUACUCAAUUCACGAUACGAAUGGGAUCACUAAGCUAGAUGCUGACGACUAUAUUGUCAUCGGCCUAAUACUGACUCGACUAUACACUGGUUAUUGAGAAACACCCUAGCGCGCUUCUUGAUCAUCAAUCGCAUAGUCGUAAGCCCACGGCGCAGCGACGAUCCAACUAAAAACUGAAAAUAUUGCAACUUGCAAUCUCGCUCUCCCGGCUACAAGUACCGGGCCGCUUGACUAUAGGCUGAGGAAAAUCAUUAUCCCAUUCAUCAACAGCUGACCUGUUAAGAAAACGAUAAGUUCUAACAAAUACGAGAUAAAGUGGCGCAAGUAUACAUCAAACUAAAUUUUACUAUGCGCCAUUUUAUUGAGUAUUUAUCAGAACCUACUUUUUCAAUCGGACGACCUAUAGUUAAUAAUUGGAUUAACUAACUCUCUGCUAUUGGAAAAUAGGUGGUAGGCUUUUUUCGUACAAGGUGGCGAAAGAGAUUCGAUAUCAACACGGUCGAUCUUAUGGGAUCUUCAUUUCAUCUUGAGAUGUUCAUUUCCAAAAAAUUUUGACCCCGCAAUGAUUUAAUUAAUUUACCUUCGCCUUAAGUGCAAUGUUGACUUCAGCUGCUACUGUGGCGUUUAAAUGAGGUAAAAGUGACGUUUUGAACAAGCUUGUGUAUAUUUAAUAAAAUCUAUCACCUAUUUCCCAAUAGCUUCUGUCAUGAAACACAAUUAUAAUUACAGGUAACAUAUUGUGCGCGCCGGACUAUUUGUGCUUGUUUAGUCGUAAAAAAGUGCCUCUAAUAUAAUAAUUUUGAUAAAUUCAUAUAAGUGCAGUGCCUUAAGUCGCUUUAUAUUUCUGCCAAUUACAGUGCAAAAAUUGUUAAAGGUGCAGGCGACCAAACUUUGCACGGCAUUCAAGUCACGAUUAAAAAUAUACUUGAAAUAUUUUCUAUAACCAUACUUAUAAAAUCAAUUUAUAUACGUACUUCGUACGCAUUAAUUUUUUAAUCGCGUUUUAAAAAGGUUGCUAUUGUGACCGCAGUAUCCUAUUUCGACUCGAGCCAAAAGAAGCUCGACCAAUCUAAAGUCUUUUAAAACGGCCUCGAUUUUCGGUCCUUCAAUUUUUUAUAAAUUUUUUAAUUUUUUAAUAUUUGUCGAUGUAUGUAAAUUUCUCUAUUUCUUGGGCGUAAUCGGAUCUUUGUUCAGAAAAUAUUUCGCCAUAGUCAUAAACAAUAAGUAAUGAUAAAAUAAAAAUUUUAUAAAAGUUAUCUAAUUCCACGUAUUAAAAUUACCUGCA